AUGAAGGUUGACUAUGGGCAGCUGUGGAAUGACAAGGAAAGUCUCAGAUACGACCAAAAUAAAUUGAAGUAUGACAACGAGAACAUGAGAAAAGAUAACGAGAACCUGAGAAAGGAUACCGAAAACUUGAGAAAUGGUACCGAAAACAUGAGAAAAGAUUUGGAAAACCUGACAGAAAAUCACGAAAACCUGAGAAAGGAUUACGAAAACCUUAGAAAUGAUACCGAAAACCUUAGAAAAUAUACCGAAAAACUGAGUGAAGAUAACGAAAACCUGAGAAAAGAUUAUGAAAACCUCAAGACCAGUCGACAGGAAUCCAUUUUUGAGAGAGACGAGCUGAAACAUCAACUGAAUACCAUGGAAGGAAGACUCCAAUAUCAAGAGGCCAUUAGUCUGCAAAUAACUCCCCGAACGUGUCAGACGUUGGCAGACUUGGGAGUGACACGGACAGGAGAAUACUUCGUGGAUCCUGACGGAGUGUUGAUCGGCGAUACACCCAUCAAAGUGCUCUGUGAUAUGCAGACAGAUCCAGUAUCCACGAUUGUCCUCCAUGAUUCGAUGGGAAACACUGCGAUUGAUCGAUGUGCUCAUCCUGGAUGCUACAAUCACAGCAUAAAGUAUGGUGCAACUAUGAAACAAAUGGUGGCGUUGAUCAAGCAAUCGAAGUCGUGCAAACAGCAAAUCAGAUAUGACUGUUUGGCGACGGCCCUCACAACUGGAGACAUACACUAUGCAUGGUGGGUGGACCGUCAUGGCAAACCCCAGUACUACUGGGACGGGUCAAACGCAGGACAACACAUAUGCAAGUGCCGUCACUCUGGAAACUGCACUCUCUCCAACCUGCCUUGCAAUUGUGAUGCAAGAGCCCCACGAUGGGAAUCAGACUCUGGAGCGAUAACGAAUGAAACAGCAUUACCCGUAACUGAGUUGCGAUUCGGAGGGCUACCAUUUGAGGGUCAGAAAGCAAAUUACACUUUGGGUGGAUUGACUUGUAAAGGAAAGGCUCCGCCCCCUGGCAACCCCGCAGAAUCUUGCUCUACUCUCCGCCGAGCAGGAAACACUCGUCCUGGUUAUUACCUGAUCAACCCGAAGAAAGGCCGCUUGGAUGUUGUUAUGUGUCGUAUGGAUUUGGAGGAAACCGAUCCGAAGUUUCAGGUAGAGACAAGUGCACGUAUUGCAGGGGCGGGUUUUCUCCAUGGCAAGAUUUCGUCUCCGGACAAUCCAGCAAAAUCAUGUUCAUCUCUUCGUCAGGCUGGAAACGCUAAUCCUGGUUAUUACCUGAUCAACCCGAAGGAAGGUCGCUUGGAUGUUGUUAUGUGUCGGAUGGAUUUGGAGGAAACCAAUCCGAAGUUUCAGGUAGAGACCAGUGCACGUAUUGCAGGGGCGGGUUUUCUCCAUGGCAAGAUUUCGUCUCCGGACAAUCCAGCAAAAUCAUGUUCAUCUCUUCGUCAGGCUGGAAACGCUAAUCCUGGUUAUUACCUGAUCAACCCGAAGGAAGGUCGCUUGGAUGUUGUUAUGUGUCGGAUGGAUUUGAAGGAGACUGACCCGAAGUUUCAGGUGGAGACCAGCGCACGUAUCCUAGGAGAAGGCGUUUAUUUUGAUGUAUAUUACCCAAAUUGUGGUGCUCUCGGCGUUCAGAGGUACUACGUUGCUCAGGUCAACUUCCCUUAUGAUUCUAUCGAGCAAGAAGGGGAAGUGACGAGACAGGAAGAGGAAGAAGAUAGACGCUUAGGUGAAGUUACAAACUCAUUGGUACCAGGGGAUGAAGCUGAUGUAGGGGAGUUAGGAGACAACCCAACUGAUUCAUGUGGGCCCAGAGAUAUCGUAGGAAGGACAGUGGGACAAGGUCAAGGUCAGGAAGGAUACGCAUUGAGAAGUCGUGGGCCAGUGCCCGACUUGCCGCGAGUAAUGCCUUCGUCUCGUGCCCCGAGGGUAAACCAAGUGCCGAAGGAAAAGCGAGUACGAUGGGCAGAUCAGGCGGGACCCAGUGAUCCUGAGAUAUCAGAGGACCAAGACUCAGAGGGCGAUUCCGACCCGACCAUUUUGGCAUUGCAGGCUAUGAGCCAGGAAAAUGAGGGCGACACCGUUUCUCCUGUGGAAAUUAAGAUGGCGGAAGAGUGCGAUAAAUGGACCUUGAUCGUCGAAGUUCCAUUCAUACGGUACAGAACUGUGGUCGCCAGUUUCCUCGCUGAACUGCAGACUUUCGAGGGAUUUCUACACGACGAGAUAUGGCCAAGGUUUCAACAGGGACCUCAAUCCGGAUCCUCUAAGGAUCCCCCGAGGAAUGACACGAAGUUGUUAGAAGAUUUGCUGAUGCUACUCAACAGGGAGGUAGAGCAGAUGAAGAAGGGUAUUAAGGAAGUGCUAUCCACUCUUAAUAGGCUGCAGGAAACGGUGGCUGUCCCAGAUCGGGAAAAGAGAAGAAUGAACCCAUCUGCCCCAAAAUGCCCUACACCGUUCCCUGAGGUGGCCUAUUCCCCAGGCGAAAAUGAAGUGGAUGUCUAG